UGGGAGGCUCCUCUUCUCAACUCUUUCAAACUCAACUUCGACGGUUCGGUAAAAAACACCUCAACAGCAGGAGGAGUCAUCAUCAGAAGGUACACCCAUUGCAGCACAAACUUUCAACCUUGGAACCACCAACAUCUUCGUAGCUGAAGCUUUUGGUCUCCACAAGGGAAUCAUCCUCGCCCUCCAACAAGGAAUACAAAAUCUUCACAUUGAAGGGGACAACCUCCUUGUUGUCAACGCAGUGAACGAUAUUUGGUCGAACCCGUGGCAAAUUGAUCACAUUAUAGAAGAUAUCAAGAUCCUACUUCGCAGAUUCCCCCAUUGGGAACUUCGGCAUGUCUACAGAGAAGCAAAUAGAGCAGCAGAUUGGAUUGCACAUGUUGGGCAUCUUAUCACCGACAAAUUGGAUAUUUCAUUUUGUACCUCUUCAACUUUAUACCCCAUUCUCACCUCAGAUGCUUUAGGAUUGCCCCUCGUGAGGAGGGGGUCCUAAUUCUUUCCUUUUUUCUUACCUUAAAAAUAAAAAAAUAAAAAAAUAAAAACAACGAACACUUGAUACAUACUUCAUUUUAGACCAAAAUUAUACUUGUAUUUCAUUACAGAGUACAUUAUGCGUAGUAGUCAAGACCAAACGUAACCAAUUAAUGACACUUCAAUGUGUGAGUUGUGACACCAACUCCAGAAUCCAAAAAACUCAGAUUAAUUUACACAUCUUGUAUGAAUAAAUAUUUUCAUUUACCCCUACUUUCGUACAGUCAGUAAAAAGCACUGUAAACAUUAAAAAUGAAAUAAAAAAAGAAACUAGAAAUGAAAUAAAGAUGGUAAGUAAUCUGAUAUCUACGGAACCAUACGGCAUGUCUAUUUAAACUUUAAAGCACCCUUUCUUCUUUUAUUACACUUUGUUCUUUUCUUCAAUUCAUAUCUAUGCUCUUUACUUCUUUACUCCCUUAAAACUCUGUUUUAUUAAUGUCAUACUCAAAGCUACCCUUAAACUAGCUAGCUUCAUUUACACUCAAUAAGAGUUGUUCAAUGGCUUUUCAUGUGUAUCAUCAAACUUUUCUUUUAUUUUUUCUUCUUCACACAUUUUUCUUUCAGUAUAACUCUUGUUCAUGUUAUGCUCAGAUUUCUGAACUUAAUGAUCAGAAGGUUGAUUUAACUUUGUAUUACGAGACACUUUGCCCGUAUUGUUCCUACUUUAUUGCUCAUGAUUUGGUAAAUCUCUUCUCUAAUGGCCUCAUUUCCAUAGUCAAUCUUAGGUUGGUUCCUUGGGGUAAUGCUGCUGUUGAGCCUUCUGGCUAUUUCCAAUGUCAGCAUGGAUCAGGAGAGUGUUUGCUGAAUGCUGUUGAAGCUUGUACCAUUGAUUCUUAUCCUGAUAUUUACAAGCACUACUUCUUGAUCCAAUGCAUUGAGAGUCUAGCUUAUCAGCAAAGAGAAGCGGAGUGGCAAAGUUGCUUUGAUAAAGUAUCACUUGAUUCCAAGCCUAUCUUUGACUGCUACAAUCAAGGAAAUGGUCGAAUGCUUGAAGUACAGUAUGCAUAUGAAACUAGUCAGCUAAACCCACCUCACGAAUACGUGCCAUGGGUGCUUGUCAACAAUCAGCCACUCCGUGAGGACUACCAAAAUUUCAUCACGUACAUCUGCAAAGCAUACAGAGGCACGUCAAUUCCUGCAGCUUGUAGUUCGGCAGAGUUCAUGAUCAGCUCGUUUGGUGACAAAGCAAUGGAUAUAUCUCAACAGGUGUGCUAUGUAGGAGGCCAGCUGAACUUGACCUCAUUUGUGCCAACUGAAAUUCUUCAGCAGAAUAGAGAAGUAUUCAACUGAAAAGCCAAAAUGAAGCACCAAGU